GUAAACGAGUUGUUGACGAGAACGCGUGUGUAAUCAAUCGGUGUUGCGCGUACAUUACCUGUUUUUCUUUUUGAAAUCAAAACUAUUAUUUAAUUACAAUAAAUACAUCAUUUUAUUGCACGAACAAACAAAACAAAAAAUGUGCAUCAUUAAUCGAUACGAGUAACGUUGAUAAUUAUUUGCCACUCUUGUGGCAUAUAAGUGCAAUAAAACGAAGUUUUUUUCUUAUUUUUAAAUUGAAAAUAACUACGAUCACUCAUCCACCAUCAUCAUCACCACUUGAGGAAUUUUUUCAACAACACCUUUCGGAAGCAGUCCCAGCAGCACAGCACCCAGACCCAGAGAAGAAAAAACAAAGCGAGCUUAAACAUUUUCUCGUUUGUGUGAUUCAUUUCUGUCGGUAUUUCUUAUUUAAAAAUUGAAUUGAAUAAAAUACCUGUGUUGAGAAAUGAUUUUAUUGCAUUAGUAUCCUGUCAAAAUUCGAAAAAAGGAAAUAACACAUAGUUUCUUCUUCGUCGUGAUUUCUCAAACAGAAAACCCGUUCACAUUUAUCCACCGUGCAUCUUGUAGUUUUUGUAAAAUCCGUAGAUUUUUUCUAUGUUGCUGCCACAACAACGGUCGCCCGGAGCCGGAGGAAGCCAAGGUGCAGCAUAAACAAAGGAAUUUAAUUGAUCUACUCGCUAUCGCUAUUCGCUAGCGCUACUUGGUCUGUUGGCUCGUUCGGUUCGUUUCGGUACGUUUUGAAUAGUUCCUGUUCCCCUUGUUCUAUCCCUGUCGUGCACCCUAUUUGGUUUUUUUCCAAACGGACAGCUGUCAAGUGUGUCCUUGUUUUUUUUUUUGUUUUGUGUUUGUUGCUCUGCAUGUUUUGCUGUUUGGUCCUUUAUCAACAUUGCGGUGCGAUGUUCUUGAACAACCUAUAUCUUUGCUAUCAACAUGUUGCUAAUGCACUUGAAGUGAAUUAACUAAAAAAUAAAUAAAAUUUUACAAAUUAAACACGGAGCGGAGCUUUUUUUGGUUGAUCGAAGUUAAUUUGCAUUUUAAUCAGUGUUCUUUAAAGUAUUUAUAAGUUGGUAUCUAUUGUAAUACAAAAUGAAGGUUACUGUUUGUUUUGGUUCGGUGCGCAUCGUCGUACCAUGUGGAAGUGGUGAUUUACUAGUAAAGGAUUUAAUUCAUGAGGCAACUAGACGUUAUAAAAAAGCUGUUGGCAAGGAACCAGACUCUUGGGUAGCUGUCCAUCAUUUACAAACACAAUCGGGAAUUCUUGACCCCGAUGACUGUUUACGGGAUGUGGCCGAUGACCGGGAACAAAUUUUGGCCAGUUUCGAAGACUCAGGCCCCGAUCCUGGAGUUCCGCAGGGUGGAGGUGACGGAGCCAGCGGAAGUUCGUCCGUCGGCACUGGUAGCCCCGACAUAUUCCGCGAUCCAACUAACACAGACGCUACAACGGGAAGUCAUGCAAAUGCAUCAGUACCUCACAUUGAGGUAACCAGUACAACAGCAUGCCCGAUGAACGGAUUGGGCUUGCAAGUGCGUCGAAGUAGUGAUCCGAAUCUAUUGGCAUCACUUAAGAAUCAGACAGAAGCAACUAAGCGUUGGUCGGCGGCUGCUCCGGCUUGUCGAGACGAUUCACCCGAAAGAAUAAUGGACAAAGUUGUGUAUUUAUCACCGCAGUGGGAGGAGGACGAUGAUGUGAUACAUCAUGCUGCGCAGCCACAACAGAAUUUUGCUCGAUCAGGCAGAUUAUCGAUGCAGUUUUUGGGAGAUGGCAAUGGAUAUAAAUGGAUGGAGGCGGCCGAAAAGCUUCAAACGCAAUCUUAUUCAACGAAAUCGCUUCCCAGAGAAACAGGUAAACGAAAAGAGCCCCUAGGACAGGCCUACGAAUCCAUCAGGGAGAAAGACGGCGAAAUGCUCCUGAUAAUCAAUGAAUACGGAGGUCCUCUUGGUCUUACUGCAAUGCCGGAUAGUGAGAACGGUGGUCUUGUAGUGCAGCAUGUGGAACUAGGGAGUAGAGCCGAGCGAGGUCGACUCAGAAGAGGUGAUCGAAUAUUGGAAAUAAAUGGAACGAAACUUGUGGGUCUUAGCGAGGGUAAAGUUCAAGAUCACCUGCGAAGAUCUCUAGAGUCGUCUGAGUUACGAGUACGAGUAAUUCGUGGUGAUAAACUUGGAAAACCAAGUAGGCGGGACUCCAAAGUGGCCGAAAUGAUCGAAGCAGAAGAAAAAGCUUCUUCGGCAGGUACCAAAGUUGCGACAGUUUCGCCGACGAGGAAAUCCCACACAGCGCCUGUUGGGACUUCCUUUCAAACUGCAAACACGCGAAAGCUGGGUCGAAAGAUCGAAAUUAUUCUCAAAAAAGGACCUCAUGGAUUGGGUUUCAGUGUUACUACCCGUGAUAAUCCUGCUGGUGGGCACUGUCCAAUUUACAUCAAGAAUGUUUUACCACGGGGAGCUGCCAUCGAAGAUGGAAGGCUCAAGCCUGGCGAUAGAUUACUCGAAGUCGACGGAUUACCAAUGACCGGAAAGACUCAAACUGAUGUCGUAUCUAUUCUUCGAUCGACACAACCAGGUGCUUCCGUAAGGAUUAUAGUCUCAAGACAACAAGAGUUGGUGGAAGUUGAUGAACGAGAAAUUAACUUUUCUGAGGAAAAUGAACUGGCAACUGGCACACCACCAAAACCCCCAGCUCCAGUAUUGCCAUCAGGGCAUGAUGUGAAAAAGUCCAGUAGUUCGAGAUCUUUGUUUGAACAACAUCAGUUGCAGCAACAAGCGAAUCUGAAUGAGUCUCAGCACUUUAUUGAUGGUGGAAGUGAAUCAGCAGCUUCAAGUGAAAGCUUACAGGCUGGAAUUGCAUGGAGAAGCCGAGAAGUUCUAACAUUUCACAUUCCUGUGCAUGAUACCGAGAAAGCCGGCCUCGGGGUGAGUGUCAAAGGAAAAACUACCUCUUCGAAUUCUUCAAGCGGCAGCAAUGGAUCAAUGAAACAUGACGGUGACUUGGGUAUAUUCGUUAAGAAUGUCAUUCAUGGCGGAGCAGCAUCGCGUGAUGGUAGACUUCGGAUGAAUGAUCAGUUAUUGAGUGUGAAUGGGGUGUCCUUGUUGGGUCAGAGUAAUGCCGAAGCAAUGGAAACCUUGCGUCGUGCCAUGGUUAAUACACCCGGCAAGCAUCCAGGUGUGAUAACACUCUCGGUAGCAAGAAAAAUUACAAGGUCUCACAGCUCAGGGGAUAUACUUGAAAGCAGUAGCACCAAUGAUAGUUCAAAUACAAGUGAAAAUUCCGGAGCCACUGUGAUCUACCUAAGUCCAGAUAAAAAGGAUAACCGAGACAUGAAUAGAUGGAGCAAUCCCGUAUUAGAUCGUUUAACCGGAGGAGUUUGCUCAUCGAACUCAAAUCAAAAUCGCCGUCUACCGCCCCCACUCUCGAAUACAGUCCCACAUGGACUUCGCAAUGAGAGCUAUUAUAUGGCAACGAAUGAUACCUGGUCACCUUCGAUACAAUCGCCGCAAAUGCAUGGAACUCAUGUAAAUAAUUCAGUUUUAAUAGAGGACGACCCAGAACCAAUGUCACCUAUGCUACCUAAUCGACCAAAUGACUCAGUCAGCACACUUCAAAGUACCAUAUCGAAUGGUGUCAAUUUUGAUGCCACUUACUCGUCACAAUUAAGCCUUGAAACCAAUAAUUCUGGUGCAGAACACUUUAGCCGCGAUGCUGUUGGUAGACGUUCGAUAUCAGAGAAACAUCAUGCAGCAUUGGAUGCUCGUGAAACUGGAACCUAUCAGCGUAACAAAAAACUACGCGAAGAUCGUGAAAGAGAACGUCGUCUGCAAUUAACUAAAUCAGCAGUAUUUGGUGGAUCGGCUGAAUCUAUAUCUACACGCAUAGCCAAUGCCAAUCAUCAAAUGGCAAAUGGUAAAAAACCUCAACCAAACGAUUUGCGAUCCGAGGCCAUGGAUCAGUUGGGUGAGCUGGGGCCCUCUUUGGGUCUUAAGAAAUCCUCAAGUCUUGAGUCGCUGCAAACUAUGGUGCAGGAAAUUCAAAUGUCUGAUGAGCCGAGAGGGCCCAGUGCCUUACGUGCGCCACGAGGUCGUGGCAGAGAGGAUAGUUUGAGAGCCGCGGUUGUUGGAGAACACGAUACAAACAAAGCCCGCAAGCACUGGCUGCUUGAAGAGGCUGAUUCUGACGGUGGUUUUCCUAAUCGCAAUGGUCCAUUCCAAAGUUCCCUCAACGAUGGCAAAAAUAAAAGUCGAGCAAAGAAACCUAGUCUACUGAGGGGCAUUGGACAUAUGUUUCGUUUUGGGAAAAAUCGCAAGGAUACCGUUGCUCCAAUGGAACCACAAAAUGAUUAUACAAUGUCUGUUAAUAAUAAUCAACUACCACCACAAUUACCACCUCCAAAUGGUACAAUACCUACAGCUGCUUUGAGUAUAGAUCGUGGUGGAAAGAUUGCCCCUCCAAUUUAUCAACCACCACCACCGCCACCAUCAGCAAGCAGUGGGCAGAGCUCAACAUCUUCAAAAUCAUCAUCCUCGACUGCUAUUCAUCAGAAUGAUAUAUUCAAUCAUCGAUAUCAACACUAUGCGAACUAUGAAGAUUUGCAACAGCAUCAACUAAGUGAUGAACCAAGUCAGGAUGUAUUGUCCGAAUCCACAUUAGAAUGCAUGCGGCAGCAAGUUAUCCGACAACGAAAUAAAGUUGAAGCAGAGAGUCGCCGUCAUCAACAUUACCACUCUCAAAGAAGCACCCGAAGUCCUGAAGCCAAUUUGCACCAAUCUCAUAUUGGUGGUCCUGGUUCCCGACCUGCUUCAAGCUAUUACGAAUAUGAAACAGUUCAACAUAACGUUUCUCGAAGCCAUAGUAACUCUCAAAAACAACAAAACACUAUUAAUAACAUUCCGUCAAUUGCUGAGCACCAACAACAGCAGCAGCACCAUCAGCAGCAGCAACAGCAGCGACAUUGGAAAUCAGCAACUUUGAAUGGUUUCAAUCCUGCAACGCUAAACAGCAGUGGACGCAGUAGAGGACCAUUUGUCACGCAAGUCACUAUUCGUGACCAAUCACAUCUAAAUAACGCAUCAUCAAUUAAUGCCGGUACUCAGCAACCUACAUACCAGCAGGUGCAUAAGCUAUCCUCGUCGUUGUCAUCCUCGUCAUCUCAUCAGCAGAGUGCACAGCCGCAUGCUUCGAAAGUGUGACUAUAGGCGUUCAGGGACUUCGAUUUUUUAAUGGAGUGCCACCAAUGUUCGCGAAGUGUAUUGAACAAAUCAAAGAAUAAUUAACUAAAAUUUGGAGACUGCUAAUCACAUACAUAGUAAGGAUAAGAGAACAUUUUAAAUGAUCUCCUCUAAGGAGCGAAAAACAUUUAUAAUUUUGUUGUAGUAUUUAAUCUCUGUCAUUCCUUAAGCGAAACAAAAAACUAAAUAAAGUUUUUUUUUAUAUACAUAUAUUCAUUUCGAAAGAUGCACAUAAAUAUUAUGUGUAAAUUAUAUACGACGUAAACAUAUUUAUAUAUACAUACAUUCAAAUUAUUUCAGUAUUGUUCGAUUAAAAAAAUAUAUACUACAUAAAUGUAUAUAUAUAAUAUAUGUUAAGCAUAAAAAUAUAUAAUAUAUACUAUUAUUACUUAUUCAUUCAUUAUAUUUUGCAACACUUGUAUACAUAUAAAAUAAAUUUACAUUUACUUCAAAUCAUUUUCCAUGCCAAUUUCGUUUGUAAUUUAUAUUAAAUUAAAAGAAAUAAAUUAAAACCUGUAUCCCAUUUUUAUUUAAAGUAGAAAAAAAAAACGACACUUAAAAUAACAAACUGUGAUUUAUUAGGUGUGAAAGAAUCGAGAAAUAAAAAUAUUAUUCUUCUUAACGAAAUGAUACAAAUAAAAUAUAAUUUUAAUUAAAAACAAAACAAAAUGAAACGAGUUAUAAAUAAAUAAAUAUUUACGAUUUACGAAAAGAAACAAUUGUUUUCUUAAUCAAAUUAUUGGUAACGUUUAUUAAUUCUCUAUUACAUUUUUUGUAAAUUUUUGUUCUUAAGAAGACAAUUGAUUUACAUUGAUAAUAAUUUCAAAAUAAUUUUUAAAUAAGUAUUAAGUUAAACAAAAGUAUGUAACAAUAAUUAUUAUUUGUUUAUUUUUGUGUUUAUGUUUAUAACUUUUUUGUUUAUUUUUUCUUAUUUUGAUUUUACGGAUUACAGUAGUAUUGUUACAUAUAUUUUUAAUUUUAUUUGUAUAUAAUUUUUGUUUUUUUCUUUAGAAAAAAAAUGUGCAGCUUUUUUGUGUAUUGUGUUCUUUAAACUCAAAUGCAGAAAAGACUUUUAGGAGUAGUAAAACAUGUACUUAAUUAUAUUUGUAUGGUUUUUGUAAAAUUCUUUAUUUAGAUUUUGGAUUAGAAAUAAAUAAAAAGUACUUAACGUAUAUAUGUCGAAAAUAUA